CUCAAUAUUCCGUCCAUGACAGUUGCUGGGCCUCGCACGCAGGCCGUGACGUAUAUUUGGAUGGACCGAGAUCCGUUUCUGAGGAAGAUGGCGGAUGAAGAGGAUGAGCAGCCAUUUGAUGAAGAUGUGGAGGAGAGUGGAAGUGGAGCAGAGGGUGGACAAGGUAGAAGAAAAAGAUUGUUUUCAAAAGAAUUAAGAUGCAUGAUGUAUGGAUUUGGGGAUGACCAGAAUCCUUAUACUGAAUCGGUGGAUAUCUUGGAGGAUCUUGUCAUUGAAUUUAUCACUGAAAUGACUCACAAGGCUAUGUCAAUAGGACGUCAAGGCCGGGUUCAAGUAGAAGAUAUAGUCUUUCUUAUUCGUAAAGAUCCUCGGAAAUUUGCAAGAGUGAAAGAUCUGUUGACAAUGAAUGAAGAAUUGAAACGUGCUAGAAAGGCUUUUGAUGAAGCGAACUAUGGCUCGUAGCUCUCGGAAGGAAGCAUAUCAUGGAAUAAUUAUUGUAUUGUCACUCCUUGAAAUAUGUAAUAACAUUGUAAUAGGCCUAUUACAGACUUCAUAAAAUGGGCUGUUGCAGUAGAGUAUGCCUCUGACUCAGCCAGGCAGGAUCUGAGAAAUCUGAUUCAUUUCCUCUUUUGCUUCUUCGGUGUUAGCAAUGCUUUUGGCUGAGGAAUGAAAUGGGACUUUUUGUAUUCUUACUAAUUUAAAGAUUUUUGUACAUAAUUAGUGUAUGCCAAUAAUUUAUGUAACUGGACCAGGUCUGCAAUAAAUGGUCUGAAAAAUAAUGACUAGUCAAGACUUGCAUUAAGUGGCUCGGUUAAUAAUUUUGUAACAAGUCUUUUGAAAUUCACACUCUUUCUGCACAACCUGAUGCCACAUUUGUUUGUAAUACUUUCUUAUAUUAUAAACCCUUAUACUGAAAUUUAAUAUUACUUAGUGAUGUGCACUUGUCAUGUCUUUCCUGGUUUGGCCUACAUGUUACUCCAGCCCACAUCAAUGUUGUUGACUCUUAAUUGGGGACUGAAAUGGCUUAAUGAGCCACUCUGUUCAAGGUGGAUAUACAAGAAAUACUGGUCCUGCCAGCAAUGGUGACAUCUCAUGCUAGAAUAAAGAAACAAAAUCUAAGAAUUUACCAUGAGAUUCCCAUAAAAUGCUCAAGAAAAGUUAUAUUAUUUUUUAAAAUGGAAUUAGAGUUGUCUCUUUGCAACUGUUUCUAAUAUCCAAAAUAAAAUUUAAACUUAAAAGCCUUGGCCUUACCGUAGGAUGAUUUACAGUCUUCAGAUGAAAUAGGAUUGCUUUGAGGGCAAGGUAAAUAGUAUCUUCUGAUCCAAUUAUCUGUAAUUUUACAAUCUUUUUUAUAUUCCCAUUAAAUUUUUAUGUAUAUGUUUACAUGGUCUAAAUUGUCAUAAUAUUUCCCACCCCCACCAAUAAACGAUAUUCCACUGGGGAAAAGUGUAAUAGUGGUAUGGCACACUUAAACUUGCAUAUACAGCUGAAAUAUAAAACAUACAAUGGAAAAGUUGGUAAAAUAUGCAGUUGACAUGUCGUACUUGAAUAAUGCCAUUAACAUAAUAAAAUGUUCUAAGGUGUUUCACAGGGCCAUAGUAGAAAGUUUUCUCCGAUAUUAAUUAGUUUGUUUUAAAUAGCUAUUUAACAAAAACUUUACACUUGUUUGUUUCAUGUGUUUUUAUAUUUGGGAUCUGAAGCUUUUAGAGACAUAGUCAACCUAGAGAGCUUUCUGUGUUAGUGGUGGAUUAGCAAGAAUAUUAUGGCUUAGUGUACUAGUUGCAAUUGAUUCCUAAUUAUUGUAAAAUCUAAACCAUCACUGCUUUUUAUUUAUUUGUAAUAAAUUUGUGUUGCAGUUCAA